AUCUUUCUUGUUUUUGACACUUGUUUGUUAUCAAAUUAUCAAUUUUUUCAAAUUUUCCAUUUCAAGAUGCAAUUAUCGUACUUUCUGCAUAUUUUUAAUUAUCAAACGAAUCGCUAAUUAAAUCGUAAAUGUUUUAAAAAAUGUCUAAUUACCGAGUAGAAUCAGGACUACAAUUUCUUUCGCGAAUCAAAAGUGUAAAAAGCAAUCUACACAAUUUGGAAAAUAACAUAUUUGCCAACAAACUAACACCCACCGAUGUGAUAGAAUUUUCAUCAGAGUCAAAUUUUGGAAAAACUCAAACCUUGCUUCAUCUAAUUAAAAACGCCAUCUUAAUCGAUAAUCACAACACCAUCUCGAUCGGAGGACUCGACUCAAGUGUUUUAUUCAUAGACACAGCUUGUCAUUUAGAAAUCGAGCAACUUUCUCAAUACAUCAAAAAAACCGUAUCUAAUUCAAAUACUCGUUUCAACGACGAAGAUCACAACACCAUUGUAAAGAAAUCGCUGGAAAAUUUAACCAUUGUACGAUGCUACGACAGUCAACAACUUCUGAUAGCUUUUCAUUCGCUGAAGACUUUACUAACGUCGAAUCCUAAGAUAAAAUUCAUCAUUUUAGACGGUAUCGGUGCUCAUUAUUGGCAAGAUUUCAUCAACGGAGGUGUAAGGAAAAUGGAUCUUUACGAGAAGAAAGUUCUAUCUGUUCUGGAUACUUGUAUCAAAGAGUUUAAGUUACUGCUGCUUUACGUUAGACCGGAAUAUUUCGUCAUGAAGAAUCCUGCCGGAAACGCGUCAGCUACCCAUAAAGUUAGAAUUCGAGUUAAAGAUAAGAAUAAUCUAAUUUUAGAAAGUACUGUGAUAUUUAAAGAUAAAUCUGUCCAUAACAAAUCAUUUACUGUACGAGAUCAUCAAUUGGUUUGGAUGUAGUUUAUACUAGUUUUAAUUUCAAGUUCCUGUUGAAUUUUUUAAUAAAAAUAUUUUUGUAA